AUGAUUCAGGGUGGUGAUUUCACGAACGGUAAUGGUACUGGUGGUGUUUCAAUUUAUGGCGAGAAGUUCGAGGACGAGGCAUUUCCUGUUAAGCACACCGAGCCAUUUUUGUUGAGUAUGGCCAAUGCUGGUCCUAACACCAACGGAUCGCAAUUCUUCGUUACUACAGUUCCCACCCCUCAUUUAGACGGUAAGCAUGUUGUAUUCGGAAAACUGCUUGCUGGUAAGUCUGUUAUUAGAAAAGUUGAGAACACAAAGAAGGACUCUGGAGACAGACCAGUACAGGAUGUUGUUAUUACUGACUGUGGUGAAUUGAGUCCUGAAGAUGAACUGCCUACUUUUAACGAUGGUACAGGUGAUGAUUAUGAGGAUUCUCUUAAAGAUGAGGGUAGAGUCGACGAGAAUGUACCUGAAACAGUGUUUACUGCUGUCAAGAAUAUCAAGGAAAUCGGUACGAAGCUGUUCAAAUCAGGCGAUAUCAAGGGAGCUUAUAACAAAUAUUCUAAGGCCGCCAACUAUUUGAAAGAUUACUUCCCUGAUGACUUGUCUGAGGAGGAUUUGAAGACUUUGUCGGAUAUCAAGAUUUCUGUUUACUUGAAUGUGGCUCUUACUGCUCUUAAGGAGAACCUUCCUCGCGAGGCUAUUGAGGCUUCUUCUGAAGUUCUCUCUUUAGAGGACAAAGUUGGAGAUAAGGAGAAGGCUAAGGCUUUGUAUCGUCGUGGUAAUGGUGAAUUGUUGCUUAAAAAUGAAGAGGGUGCUGUCAAGGAUUUGAACGAGGCCUUGAAGUAUGCUCCUGAUGAUGCUGCUAUUACUGCACUUAUUGCGAAGGCUAAGAAAGCUGCUCAAGACAGACGCAACAAGGAAAAGGCUGCUCUAAGCAAGUUCUUUUCAUGA